ACACACAGUCACUGCGCGGCGAGCACACACAACACGGGCCAGCCCGCACCAAAGGUACACAAUUUUAUACUCGUGUGUUCGGGCGUAUAUUUUAUAAUUAUUAUUAAUUAAUUAUACACAUUAAAUAUUUAAAAAACGUAUUAAUAUUAGUAUAAAUAAUAAAUAUAUUUUUUAUCCACAAAAUUUAAAUUAAAACGAGUAGCCGUAAGUGUUGAAAAAAAAAACGACUCCGUUUAUGUCGGCGACAACGCCGGGUUAUAUAUUUUUUGUUUUUGAAAAAUUAAUAAAAGUGUGGACUACUGGAGUUAAGUGUGCAUUUAUUAUGUAGUGACAAUAGUGAAAUUUAUAAAUAUAUUUUGACUUCUCGUAUUUUAAAAUCGUGCGUGUUUAUGUAUUUUUAAUAUUAUUAUUACCAAUAAAUAAUAAAAAAAUAAUACGGUGUAAUAUCGUGAUGCGGGAGACACGCUCUUGUCAUUACUGCUGUUACUCGCGUGAAUUAAACAAGAUUAUUAAAUAUGCGUGACAAUUAUUGCCCAAUUAUUAUGAUGAUGGUGAUUAUGAUUACGAUGACAAGGGAUCAAUAAAUUAUUGAUAACUAAAACAAAACGUACAAAUCAACAGCCUUCUAAGCUAUAUUAACCUCAAGUGAUUUAUAUUUUCUUACGAAGUGCGAAUGACAAAUUAUUAGCCUCUAUAUUGUCUACGUAAUUAAUUCUCGAGCUUAGGAAUAAAAGACUUACCCGUUUAUGUAUUUUGUUGGAUAAAUUUAAACAAACAAAACGACUAAUUAAGUAACGGAGGAGUAGUGUUAAAUUUUAAAAAUAUCUGAUACCUACAAAAAAAAAAAAAAAAACAAGUCCGCCAGUGCCAAAUCCAAGGAUUAAAUUUUAAAUUAAAGUGCAUAGAAGUUAUUGUUGACGAAGAAAAGUAAUACUAAUAAUAAUUAAAAGAUUAAUAUUAAUAUUAAUAGUAAUAAUAAUAAGUAAAAUAAAUCGUAAGCGGGUGAAAACGGCGUAACGCAAACCGUAAACCAAAGAAUCAACCAUUUUUCACAAAUCAACGAGGUACAUAGCGCAAGUACAUCAGUACUGACUUCCGUAGACCGUUGCUAAACGACUGGAGAUAAUAAAUAAAUAAGUUAUUUUAAUAAUAAUAAUAAAUUAAAUAAAAUAAAGUAUAUGAAUAAUAGUUAAACCUUUUAAGUAUUUAACACAAAAAUGAAAUUUUCGCUCAGGAAUCACGUAAAUUAAUAAUUAAAUAAAUAAAUAAAUAAAGUUUUAAACGAUUACGGGAACCAAUCUACUUCAGUUCGUAGCCUAAACCUGUCGAGUACAAAAAUAAACGUUUUUAAAAUUAAUAAACCUUUAAAGACAAGUAAAGAUAGCCAACGUUAAGCUCAACGAAUGUGUAGCGGAAGUUUUAAAACUUAUUAUUCAGACAAGCCUUGAGAAUUCGUGAUCACAUCAUCAUCAUUGCAUCAAAGUACAAUAAUUUAAUAAAAUAAUUAAAUAAAUUUAGUCAAAUUUAGACUAUUAUCGACAUUGAGUUUAUUAUCAUCACUGACAAUUAUUAAAAAAAUAAUAGGCGCGGAUGAAUAACCAGAAGAUGCGUCGGAGAAGAUGAGCGCAGAAGUCAAAAAGGAGGGUAUCGCCCCGGAGAGGGUGAGCCCCCCGAGCGCGUUGGCCGUUUCUCCGGGGAAUAUCGGCCCUGGUGAACGGAAUCAUCUCCCGCCGUUCAGCAGCUUCGCGGGAGACGUAAACAUGGAUAGCGGAACAACUCUUACGACUUUGCACAGCCAGGACGUAAGCUUGGGCCUGAUGUCACCCUGGGACUACUACGAGGGCCUGACGGGCAGGCUGAUUGAUUCGAGAGGCGAAGUGAUCCUCGCGAGUAAUUAUCGUGAGCAAUUAUCACGGCCCUGGGAGUCUAAGCACGGACUUAUCGGGCCCAACAACGAGGGACUGCCGAGUUUCGCGAGUCAGUUCGCGCCUCCCAGUGAAUCGGAGCCCCAGUUGACGGCUUUGACACCGUUAUCCCCGGCCUCGAUGUCACAUUCGCCGCCAGUGACUUCCGCGGUUGGGUUGCCGAGUUUUCACACCCUCGGAUCCAUACCGCCUGCUCCGCCGCAUUCGCAUCCGCAUUCUAGAGGAACGGUCGGGUAUCCGCUGGUCCCCGCUCCGGUUCAGGCCAGAGAAGUCCCGGCUUUGCAGCAGCAGAUGCUGGAUGAGAGACACAUUCAGUUAUUGGGCUCAAGCCCGGUCCAGAGCUUCGCGGCUCCGCCUGGUCAUCCUCAUCACACUGUUCUUACGGUGGUGAAGCAGGAGUACCCGCAAUUGCAUCACACCAAUUUCCAGAAUCCGAUGUCCACGGUACUCGACUCCUCGCCCACCUCUCGCGUCACGGGGGUCGAUGGGAGGAAAAAGGAGAGGAGAAAAAUAAGAGCCGGUUCUAUGGAGAGCGAGGACGGCAGUGGAAACGUUGAGAGUUCCGGGCAAGUCGCGGCUGUUUCCUCCACUGGGAACCGCGGACCUCAUGGGCAUCUUGGGGGAGGAAUCGGCGAUACUGAUGGAGAUAAUGGAUUGGGGGAUAAACCUGCCAAGAAAAAACGCAAGAGGUGUGGAGAGUGUAUCGGGUGCCAGAGGAAGGACAAUUGUGGAGACUGUGCGCCCUGCAGAAAUGACAAGAGUCAUCAGAUCUGCAAAAUGAGACGCUGUGAAAAACUUACUGAGAAAAAGCAUUUAUAUCACUUGCAAACUGCAGACGGGACUUUUAGAGAACGAGGGAGAGGUCGAGGAAAAGGAGCUGGAACAAGAAGCUACAGAAAAAACAUAGCUAGGCAAGUAAGCACUCCAGAUAGCGCACCAGCAGGCCUAGGAAGUCCGCAAGGAGGCAUAGGAGGUCUCCAGCAGCACCAGCCUCAGCAACAGCAACAGCCACAGCAGCCGCCUCAGCAGCAGCCUUUGCACACAGACCCGAUGCAGCAGACAAAGGACAAUCUAAACUCCGCGAGUCAGCAAGCCGGAGCUCUCAGGAACGGGAACCCUCCACCGCCAGUUGUUUCCAUGUCACCUGGAGUAAUACCAUUUUAUGGUGACAGUAGCGGCGGAUUCCGGCCAACUGCUGGUUUCAGUAAUGCCGUAUGGCAUCAGGGUGUUACGCCUGUAGGCGCAGUCACCGUGGAAGCAACAACCGCGACAUGGCCACCGCAACAAUUUAUUCAACAGAUACCUGCGCCAAAUCAGCUUGAUGAAUUAAGGUAUCACACACAAUACAGCGCUGCGACUCCAUACCAUCCACAACCAGUGGCGUAUCAGCAGCAGGCAUUCAUUGCAACAGAUCAAUCGGCAUUCCAGCGCGCGGGUAGCACGGGACAAUACGGAAUCCCGGGGCAGCCGUCGCCGCUGGCACCGGUUGCGCCCCAAACAGGGGCUGCUCCUCCCCAACGUGCACUCAACGGGCAAUUCAUGGACCCCGCGGCAACGCCGGGACAACCGAUAGGCUUUGAGACCCGUCAGGAGUACGUCAACGGGUAUCAGCAGCAGGAUGUGACAAUGGCUCCGCCGCCCUCGACGACGCCAACAAGUCGCAGUAGCUCUGUCCACAUGGACUCUCAACAACAGCAACAGCAACAACAACAACAGCAGCAACAAGCGGCUCAACCACAGCCACCUUCAGACACACAAGUAAAGGGGUUUGCAACAAUCGCCCCGACAAAUGUGUCGGGAAACGAGAUGCCUGGGUAUCCACUUCAACCGGACCCACAGAGUUCACACAACUCUAACGGAUAUCCAGGCUACGUGGAAAUGGGUCAACCGGCUCAACAGCAGCCUCCUCAACAGCCUCAGCAACAAAACCAGUGGCAACACAUGCAGAAUGUCCCGCGACAGCCUUCAGUCUCUGAUGCGAGCCAAGCUCACUUGUGGUCAGACACUAGUUCCAAUGCCAAGAUCAACAGUGUCAACGACAUGACAUGGUCAGACACUCGCAUUCAGCAACAGCAGCAGCAACAACAGCAACAUAUUAAGAACGAGCCUAAUGUCAAUCAAGACAUAUCGAGACCCGCGAGUCACAUGAGCUGGGACAGCACUCGCGAAGCUCCCCAAACUUGGAACGAAACUGAGAACCAGCAACAGUGGCCACAGCAGAGUCCAAAGAACCCGCGGCUGACGCCUUCUCAGCAUCAGCCGCAGCAGUGGCCUCAGCACUCGCCCAAGAUUGUUGAGCAUCCUAGUCCCGCUCAGCAGAAUCCGCGGAUAACUUCAGUGUCGAAUCAAAAUUGGCAAACUAGUCCCGAGCUCCAGUCUCAGAACGGGCAUCCCAAUCCUCGGCUGACUCCGCAGCAUCAACAGCAACAGACUCAGCAGUGGCAACAGCAGACUAAAAUUGAAGCCAACCCGCGAUUGACGCCGUCGAAUCAAAUGUCCUGGCCGGACACGCCUACUAGUCAGCCGAAUUGGUCCCCGAGCAGCAUGAAGAGCGACGGCAGUCAACAGCAGCAGCCUCAGCAAACUUGGCCCGAUUCUCAGCCCAGUCCUAGACGAACUCCGAGUCAUCAGCCAGCUUGGCCGAACACUAAUCCCAAUCCCAAUCCUAAUCCCAACUCCAAUUCUAAUUCUAAUCCUAAUCCUAAUUCUAACUCUAAUCAAAAUACCAACUCCAAUCCUAAUCCAAGCUCAAAUCAAAAUCCACAAGAGAAAAUGGACCGCCAAAUCGCAAACUGGUCCCCAAACUCGGGCCCCGCUGAGAAUCCUGCUUGGACCCAACAGAACAAGCAGGACAUCCAGAAUUCUGGGGAGAGAGUCAUGUGGAGCAAUGACAGAUCUAAUGGGUUCAAUGAGAAUCAAGAGUCAAACAGGACAAACAAAGUGAGUGAUCGGCUGAAAUCGAUGCUUUUACACAAGCAGCAGCAGCAGAUGCAACACCAGAUGCAUCCGAUGGGUCCAAAUGGGUCCAACGAUUAUUCCAGCGACGAUCGCGUUAGAGAGUCCCACGAAAACGCAGGUGACACUAAGACACACGAGAAAAGAUCUUCAGAAUAUUCGCAACAGUCUAACAUGAUUUCCAUGCCCCAGAACAACGAUGCCAUGACCGGUAAUUUUUUAUUGCAUAGCCACCACCACCGGGCCGAUAGUUUGCCCGGCGGUGGUGGCUUAUGGGAGUGGACUGGAGGAGGAAUUCAUCACAAUAUUAAUAACAAAAAUGUUAUUAACAGUAGUAACAGUUCUAGUAAUAAUAAUAAUAAUAAUAAUAUUAAUAUAAAUAGCGUUAAUGAUAGUAAUAGUAAUAACAGUAACAAUAAUAAUAAUAGUAAUAAUAAUAAUAAUAAUAAUAAUAAUAAUAAUAAUAAUAAUAAUAAUAAUAAUAACAAUAAUAAUAGUAAUGUUAAUCCGGAGAUAUUACCAGAAACCGGAAUAACAGCUAUACAAAAUUUUAUAAAGUACAAUGAGAAAAAAAUUCAAGAUAAGACGACUAGUGUAUGGGACAGUACGAUUGGUAUCGAUGAAAAUAGUGAUAAUAAACUAUUCCAUCAAAGUCUUGGAAUUAUUAAUGAGAAUAGCAAUAAAAGUAACGAAGAAAGCAGAGUCAGUGACAAAAGUAAAAGUAACGAGUACUAUACUUCUCCGAGAAAUGUUGAGAUGGCUAAAAAUUCGGGUAGUGGUGAUGAAAUUAUCGCGGAAGUUAAUAAUGAUAACAGGAACAAUCGAAUGGAAAUAAUGAGCAAUGUUAUGUACAAUCCAAGUCAGAUAAAACAGGAGAUCGUAGAUUAUUGUCCAAGCGAUAACGUAGAAGAGGAUCGCAGAAAAGAGAGUCUUCCAAUGGUAAUAAAGUCUGAGCCGGAUGAAGAAUCGGUUGAUAAGAAUGAUUAUAAAGACCUGCAGACCAAAGAUGAGAUCACCGAGGAGUCAGAGGAAGCCAAUAAGAAGCAGAAAGAAGUUAAGGGUGAGGAAAUCGGAAAAUCUUGCAAAAUUUCAACUGGAAUCGGAAGUGGAGCUGAAACAACGGUAACCACAACUGGAAGUUUGAGCUCGGUAACAACUGUCACCGCUGGAACCGCAACAGCCAGUGUCGGAACUUGCACCAGUGGAAGUGGAAGCGGAAGUGGAAAACCGGCGCAAGAUGUUGACAAGAGCAAGAACAAUAUGCGGAGCGAAGUACCUGACUGCGACUGUUUUCCGCCAGAUAAAUGUCCGCCGGAGCCCGGAUCUUACUACACUCAUCUGGGGGCCGCAGCCAGUCUUCCGGAUCUGAGAAAUGAUCUCGAACGGAGAACCGGGCUUAAAGGAAAUGCGAUACGAUUUGAGAAGGUAGUUUACACUGGAAAGGAGGGAAAAACUACUCAAGGAUGUCCGAUGGCUAAAUGGAUACUGCGGAGGUCAGGGGUGGAUGAGAAAAUAUUGUCAAUCGUAAAGCACCGCCAGGGACACAAAUGCGCCACAGCGUGGAUCGUAGUUGUAAUGGUCGCGUGGGAGGGUGUACCGACCCACGAGGCAGAUCGCAUUUACUCUCUACUCACCCACAAACUGAAUCGAUUCGGUCUUCCGACGACACGUAGAUGCGGAACCAAUGAACCGCGAACUUGCGCCUGUCAAGGUCUCGAUCCGGACACCUGUGGGGCCAGCUAUUCAUUCGGGUGCUCCUGGUCUAUGUAUUACAACGGAUGUAAAUACGCUCGCAGCAAAACCGUUCGCAAGUUCCGGUUGUCCGUUAAAACUGAGGAACAAGAAGUUGAAGAAAGAAUGCAUGUACUGGCGACUCUUUUGUCGCCAUUGUACUUGAGCUUAGCGCCCGAGGCCUUCAAUAAUCAGACGCAGUUCGAACGUGAAGCCAGUGAGUGCCGUCUAGGGUUCAAACCUGGAAGACCUUUCUCUGGAGUCACCGCUUGCAUUGAUUUCUGCGCUCAUUCCCAUCGAGAUCUUCAUGAUAUGAACAAUGGCUGCACUGUCGUGGUUAGUUUGACAAAACAUCGAAGCCUCUCAAAAUCUGAUGAUGAACAACUACACGUCUUACCUCUCUACAUCAUGGAUGAAACGGACGAGUUUGGAUCCAAAGAUGGACAGCAAGAAAAAAUCAACUCCGGAGCUAUUGAGAGACUUUCAAAGUACCCAUGCGAAGUGCGAGUCCGAUCAGUGCCCUUGCAGCCAUGCAGACGACACGGAAAAAAGCGCAAGGAAGAUGAGACAGAUAUAGCAAACGCGAAAAAAGAUGCGGCAAAGGAAAAAGUUGCCGAACGACCGCCUUAUCAAGAUCCAGCGCGAACGACGAGAGACCCACAACUAUCUCUAGAGAUGACUCCGAUGUUUGACGGCAUGGACGCUCAACUCCAGAGUUCCCAAGUGUCUUCGACGGUCUUGGACAGUCCAGUGUCCAUGUAUCAAGGCUGGGGCUUUCAGGGUGACCAGCAGUGGGCGAGAAACAACUGGCUAGAGCAGCGGAAAAACAACUGGUUAAACCACUGGAGCGAGUAUUCAUUCAGUGGGAUGGAGCGUGAUAACAAAGUAGAUCCCGAUAGCACCAGUCUGGAUGACAAUCGACCUCGCAGUACUUAUUCGCAAGAAGACCAUCGGCCAAGAUCGCGAAAUCUGCCGGAUUCACCGAUAAAUCGCGGAUACAACCAGUCACCUCGUCAUGCAAUGUCGCCAAGGAACUCUUUACCACCUACGCCUGGAGAAGUUAGUUACGCAAGCCACACACUUUCUCCGAGGGCUCUUUCGACUCCUCAUGAUCCUAAAAUGAUGUCACCCAGGAGUUCAGGGUAUCCAGCACCGCCUACUCCGCAUACCAAUGACUCAAACUACAGUUUGCCGUCUCCGUCUUAUGGGAAAAAUUAUCCAGGGUUCAAUGAUAAUAAUAAUCGGCAGCCUAGUGUGUCACCGCGUGGAUAUUCAACUCCUCAUCCUCAACACCAUGACCAGCGUUCGUCACCAAGAGGACAGCAAACUCCUGGUCCGGAAAUUCACAGCCAUAUUCAACGAUUGCCAUCCCCGCGAAAUGACAUUCGCUAUCCAACCAAUAAUAAUCAAAAUAAUAACAACAGUAGUUACAUAGAUCUACAACAAAGGUCUGGUUCACCGAAAUCACGCAACCAAGAUUAUUACGGGCGUUUAAAUCAACCAACAAACCAGCCGCAAAAUCCGACAUACAGAAAUGAUUACCACGAAUUGAAUCCCGUUGGAGCAAUGCAUCAGGCGGCAAUGUUUCCAUACCCGCAACAGCAAUACGAUAAUUACAAUUACACGGAGCAAAAGAAAGAACAAUUGCCGACCGCAAACAAUUGGAACGCGGUCGAUAAACCAGCUCCCGUGUGGCCAGACCGAGCAUUACACUCGGAACAACCGAAGAAUCCGUGCAUUGAAAUGCCGGAUCCUUCGCCAUUUCGCGUCCCAAAGGGCCGUCCGCCGUCCAGAACUACGCCUAAUCAGAAUCCGUCUGAAACGAGCUAUCAGAAUACAUUCAAUCGAACCUUUCUUAAGCCUCAAAUACCCCAGGAACAACCGAUCAGAGCCGAUUAUCAUCAAGAUCCAAAUGCUCCGCGAACGCCAUCUUAUUCUGCAGUUAAUAAAGAGGGUUAUGAACGUCCUGUUGCCAAUUCGAUGUGGGCGGAAGAAAUGAAGGUUCAGGAGCUACACGCGAUGUCUAAUUUGGGUCACUCGUUUCCCCAGUAUCCGGGGUAUCCUGGUUACUCGGGCUUUGAGAAACCUUACGGUAAUACUUGGGAUGGUUAUAAUUAUCACCAGUACCCUCCGCAACAUCCUGUGCAUCCGCAACAUCCAGUGCACCCUCAACAUCCAGUGCACCCUCAACAUCCCGUGCAUCCUCAACAUCCAGUGCAUCCCCAGCAUCCGAGCCAUCCAGUUCCGCAGCAUCCAACGCAUCCUGCUCAUCCAGAACACCCAGCACAUCAGAGUCAUCCGACACCAGAGUAUCAAGCACAAAUUUAUCCACCUAAACGGGAGCCUUAUCCACCGCAGUAUCCUUAUCAAAAUGUAACACCACCUUAUCAAGGAUGGAACAGAUGGGAAACUCCUCGCUGGGAUAUUUAUCCUCCGCCGUCAUAUUUUCCGGUCUUGCCUGAACCACCACCGAAAUCAGAACCUCUUGGUGAAGUCGCGGACUACUCUGACAACGAAGAGUGCUUCAAGGACGCUCAACUAGGCGGCGUUGGCAUCGCUCUAGGACACGGCAGUGUUCUGUUUGAGUGUGCGAAACACGAACUGCACUCUACUACUGCGCUAAAAAGGCCCAACAGACUUAACCCGACGCGUAUCAGCUUAGUGUUCUAUCAACAUAGGAACCUAAACAGGCCAAAACACGGUUGGAGUGAGUGGGAGGAAAAGAUGCGGCUUAGAAAAUUGGGAAUCACGACCACUACUUCCAACACUUCUAUGUCUAAUAGUAUUAAUGACACGAUUAAUGCAGUGGCUGCUGCUGACGGACCCAUAGUUGAAACUCCACCGACCCCAACUCCGCCAAACACAGACUCCGGGCCCAGUGAGGCCCCUUCCGAGGCUUCCGAUAAAUCUCUCCAUGUUAACACGACGAAUUCGCAGUUUAUGAUGCACUCACCGACUUAUACUACGAUGACUUGGACAACUUUGUUCCCGAUGCAUCCCUGCAUGAUCACUGGGCCCUACCAAGAGGGCGGUGCCAUAGGAUGAGUUAACAAUAAUCUCGACUGCAAAUUAACGGAAGCACAAAUGCGCAAUCAAUAAAGUUAUUUAAUAACCACAAGGUUUUACUCCACUGCCAUGUUUUUAUUCUAUCAAAUAAAUCGGGCUUUCAGUACAAUUAAACUUUUUUUUGUUAAUUAUUAAAACUGUAUGAAGCAGCUCAAAUUUCAAGUAUUUGAUUGAAUUGACUUUCAAUUAAAUGUUUAUUGCAAUCAAUUUGUGUCAAUAAUUUUAUUCGAAAGAAAAUAUUUAAUUGAAAGUUGAUGAAUUUUUUAGAGAGAUGUUAGACAUUUUUGGAGGGUAAAGCGUGGCUAUUACUACUGAAGACUUUGAUGGAAUAAAUAAGCAGAUGUAUAAGAAUUAUUAUUCACUGAUAAAAAUGUACAAUAAUGCGUGUAAAUCUGUAUCUCAUUAGCGAGUCGGUACAGUAAAGAACUAACACGAAUACAUAUCUCAUUGUAUAUCUAUUGCAAAUUUUGAAGGUUCAAUAAUUAUUACAAUAGUAAUUAAUAAAUAAAUAAAUUAAGAAUAGAAGUGUGUAUACAAAUGUACCCUUAAGGUGUAUGCGUAUGCUCUUCCUCAUGAUAAAUAAUUAAUAUAUAAUAAUAAAUAUUAAUAAAUAAUCUAUUGGCUAUAUAUUAUGAAUAUGAAUUAUGAUAUAUUUUACGUGUUGGCGUACUUGAAGAGUUAAUAAAAAUAAAAAAAUAAUAAAAAUUGUAGCAACAAAAAUAAUGUUGUUGAUUAGUUGUUACGGUCACUGCACAAUUGAUGACGCACUUUUCAUUUUAAAUUAACGGGAAAUAUACAUUAAUCAAUAAUUUAAAAAUUAAUAAUGAUUAUUAUUAUUAUUGUUAUUUUUAU